GAAUAAGUGCCUCAAAAAUUUCGCGCUUGGUACAUGGGGCUGGUACAAUUUGGGAAGUCGAAGGGCAUCUUAUAGAAUCUAGGCUAGAGCUAGAGAUCGACGUCGACUGAGACAUGGGGAAAAAACAACAUCAAAAGGACAAGAUGUAUAUUACAGCCUCGGAGUGGACUCAACUGUAUGGGGGCAAGAAAGCAGAGUCUGGCAAAGCCUCAUCCUUCAGAAAACUGCCAUUCUACUGUUGCAGUUUGUCUCUGCAACCAUUUGAACAUCCCCUGUGUACAUUUGAGGGGGUAACCUUUGACCUUGUACACAUCGUACCCUACCUUAAGAAGUACGGGACUAGCCCUGUCACCGGAGAGCCACUGUUGGCCAAGGACCUUGUCAGACUGCACUAUCACAAGAAUGCUGAUGGAAAAUACCACUGUCCAGUCACAUUCAGAAUAUUCAAUGACAACACUUACAUAGUGGCCAUUCGUACUACUGGAAAUGUCUUCUCUUAUGAGGCAGUUGAAAGACUUAAUCUACGUACUAAGAACCUUCGCGAGCUCCUCACAGACGAACCGUUUACUAAAGCAGACAUUAUUACACUCCAAGAUCCCGCUCAUCCAGAGAGAUACGACCUUUCAACCUUUCACUAUGUCAAGAACAAGCUUGCUGCUGAUGAGGAUGAUACUGAACCUACACAAUACUUGCGAGGAAUGAACCCAGAGACUAAAGCCACUCUCGAGGCCCUUGCCACGGAAUACAAGGAACCGAAGAGGUCAGAGUCCAAAGGUGAACCUUCAGAGGUCAAACUAACGACCAGGAAUGUGGCGCAUUAUUCGACUGGAGCAGUUGCUCAUUCUUUCACCUCAACUGUGAUCCAACCUGUCACUGAACACAAGGCUGCUGUAAUUGAGAGGGACACACUACUCUACACUAUGGUCAAGAAGAAAGGCUAUGUCAGAAUGCACACUAACUUCGGGGACCUGAACUUUGAACUCCACUGUGACCUAGCCCCUAAGACUUGUUGUAACUUUAUAACACAUUGCCGCAAUGGCUACUACACUGACACAGUGUUUCAUCGCUCCAUCAAAAACUUCAUGAUACAGGGGGGUGAUCCUACUGGCACUGGAACUGGUGGAAAGUCCAUUUGGAAGAAGCCAUUUCAAGAUGAGAUACGACUCAAUCUCAAGCAUGAAGGUCGUGGUGUGUUGAGCAUGGCUAAUAGUGGACCUAAUACUAACACAUCACAGUUCUUCAUCACAUAUCGAUCAUGCCGUCAUCUGGAUGGGAAACAUUCAGUGUUUGGCAGGCUGGUGGGAGGACUGGAAGUGUUGGCUGCUAUGGAGGCAGUGGCUACUGACUCUCAGGAUAGACCCAAGGAGGAGGUGAAGCUAUGUGGGUGUGAUGUGUUUGUUGAUCCUUAUCAAGAAGCUGAAGCUCAGCUGUCAUCAGAAGAGCGCCCUCAUGACGAGGCCAUUGCUACCAGCAAGACAGUUGCCGAGCAACCAGUCAAGGUAUUUCGUGAGGGGGUCGGCAAGUACAUCCCUAAGGCAGGGGUCAAACGGUCGCACUCUGAUGAUAGCACUCGUCAGGAUACAAAGCUGGCAAAAACACAACUCUCUGAUUUCAGUGCUUGUGGGGAAAUAGGUGUGAGAUCACUAGCUAUCCAUAGAGCUAUAGAGUCAGUGUACAGUAUGUCAGUAGUUACAAGGCCAUCUCCUGAGAUGGUGAGGGGACAACCUUUCGAUGUGGGCCCGCGCUAUGUGAACCUCAACUACAUUGGCGAGGGGGCCUAUGGGAUGGUGUGCUCUGCUUGUGAUAGUGCUAAUUCAAACAAGAAGAUUGCUAUCAAGAAGAUACGACCGUUUGAGCAUCAGACAUAUUGCCAACGCACACUACGAGAGAUCAAGAUACUUGCACGAUUCCGUCAUGAGAAUAUCAUAGACAUCCUUGACAUUCUGCGCCCUGACUCUUAUGAUGAUAUGAAGGAUGUGUAUAUUGUGCAGACUCUCAUGGAGACUGAUCUACACAAGCUACUCAAGACACAGCGUGUGGGAAAUGAUCACGUGCGAUACUUUGUGUACCAGAUACUGCGUGCUCUCAAGUACAUCCAUUCUGCCAACGUGCUACACAGAGACCUCAAGCCAAGCAAUAUCCUACUCAACACUACUUGUGAUCUAAAGAUCUGUGACUUUGGACUGGCCAGGAUAGCAGACCCUACUCAUGACCACAAGGGAGCUCUCACUGAGUAUGUAGCUACACGCUGGUACAGGGCUCCAGAGAUUAUGCUCAACCCAAAAUCAUACUUCAAAGCUAUUGAUGUGUGGUCAGUGGGCUGUAUUCUAGCAGAGCUGCUCUCCAACAAACCAAUCUUUCCUGGGAAGCAUUAUCUUGAUCAGGUUCACAUCAUCUUGAACAUUGUGGGUAGUCCGUCGGCUGAAGAUUUGGACUCAGUAACAAGUGAGCAAGCCAAACGCUACCUUCAGAGCCUUCCAUACCGACCCACUAUCCCGUGGAGCAAGCUCUAUACCAAGGCAGACUCCACUGCCCUUGACUUGCUGGACAAGAUGUUGGCCUUCAACCCUCACAAGAGAAUCACUGUAGAGCAGGCACUCACCCACCCUUAUCUGGAGCAGUAUUAUGACCCUGAUGAUGAGCCCACAGCUGAUGAACCGUUCACCUUUGAGACAGAGUUGGAUGAUCUACCUAAAGAAAAGCUAAAUCGCCCUCCUGCUGAGAUAGUCAGGAGCCAAGCCUUCGAUGUCGGCCCUCGUUAUUCUGGCCUCAGCUAUAUAGGGGAGGGCGCUUAUGGGAUGGUAUGCUCUGCCUAUGAUAGAGACACCAACUGCAAAGUAGCCAUCAAAAAGAUUAGUCCAUUUGAGCAUCAGACAUAUUGUCAACGCACACUUCGAGAGAUUAAGAUACUCACAAGAUUCCAUCAUGAAAAUAUUAUAGACAUUCUGGAUAUUUUGAAGCCGUCUUCAGAAGACAUAAUGAAAGAUGUGUACAUUGUCCAGACUCUCAUGGAGACAGAUUUGUAUAAGCUCUUGAAAACACAACGAUUAAGCAACGAUCACAUCUGCUACUUCCUCUAUCAGAUAUUGAGAGGUCUCAAGUACAUCCAUUCUGCCAAUGUGCUACACAGAGACCUCAAGCCAAGUAACCUUCUACUCAACACUACUUGUGAUCUAAAGAUCUGUGACUUUGGACUGGCCAGGAUAGCAGACCCUACUCAUGACCAUACCGGCUUCCUCACUGAGUAUGUAGCUACACGCUGGUACAGGGCUCCAGAGAUUAUGCUCAACUCUAAAGGGUACACCAAAGCCAUUGAUAUGUGGUCAGUGGGUUGUAUUCUUGGAGAGAUGCUCAAUAAUAAGCCCAUAUUCCCUGGGAAGCAUUAUCUGGACCAACUCAACCACAUUCUGGGUGUUGUAGGCUCCCCAACACAAGAUGAUCUCACUUGCAUUAUGAAUGAAAAGGCUCGGUGCUACUUGCAAGCCCUCCCUUACAAACCAACUAUUCCCUGGAUCAGAUUAUACCCAACUGCUGACCACAAAGCCCUUGACUUGCUGGACAAGAUGUUGGCCUUCAACCCUCACAAGAGAAUCACUGUAGAGCAGGCACUCACCCACCCUUAUCUGGAGCAGUAUUAUGACCCUGAUGAUGAGCCCACAGCUGAUCGACCUUUCACCUUUGAGACAGAAUUCGAUGACAAGCCGAAAGAGGAAUUGAAAUCUCUUAUCUACCAUGAAGCCAUUAGCUUCCUAGCUCCUGGGAAGGUCAUGAUGUGAGCCCCAACCAACAAGAAAGAAAUCAACAUAUUGAAUGUUAUACAUGAAGACACGAAUUUUUAUUUUGUCUAUACCUCACAAUUACAAUACACAGGCAAUAAUUAUGUACUAGUUAGUAGGAAAUUGCAUUAAUUUUUUUUACAUGA